AUGAAACGUACAUUCGAGUACUUUGCGCCCACCAUUUGCUACGACAAACCCGCCGCCGCCGUAGUGUCGAAGGAAGAAUGUGACGCUCGAAGGUCCCAAGCCCUUCGAGGUACACUAGUGUUGGAGUUGAUCGUACCGAAAAAAUCGGCCAAAGUUUGGUCCAUGCAGAAGGGCGAUCUGUGCCGCAUUUCGCUUCCGGAGGGAUCGCAGGUUGGCGACGUUAACUUGUGGAACCUGGAGAACCCGCGGAAGGAACGAUUCUUCUCGGGCAAGACUCGCCAGAUCCAUUCUACGCAUCUGAAAACGUACGAUCGUCUGUGGAGUUGCUUUCCGUACCUGCGUCCGAUGGCCACCUUCGUGAAGGAUUCGCUCGAGGAUUACGGUAUCGAUCGCGAUGGAGGAUCGUUGCACGAUGUCGCCGGGACGAGGUGUGAUGAUUACAUCUACAAGCUGAUCACCGGAGAGGAUCGCGUAGGCAGUUGUCACAGCUACCUAACGGCCGCUGUCCGAGAGUACGGACUCUCGGAGGAGGACGUUCAUGACACGUGGAAUAUUUUUAUGUGUACCGGUUUCACAAGAGAUACGCAACAAUACUUCUGCAAGCCUAGUCCAGCUCGGAAAGGAGACUUUAUUGAGUUUAUUGCGGACAUGAAUUUACUCGCAGCUCUGAGCGCUUGUCCACAAGGCGACGUUUCGAUUCAAGUAGGACAAAAGGUGCCGGAUGAGAAGUGCUUCCCGAUGAAAGUUGAAGUUUACCGACCAAACUGA